UUUAUCAACACCGAUGACCGUGACGGUGCGCGCGAAUCGUGUUUCCGUUUUACGAAGGGCGAAAUUUACAACGAUGAUAAAUACACUUUGGAGGGCGCUCUCCGAGGAGCGAGAUCGCUUAGUGCCUUACUCCGACGACUUCCUGGCUCCCGGUAGUGCAACGAUAUGUGAGUCGGCGGCGUCUUUGCCUCCCCGUGACACCAACGCGACGUACGUACGUACGUCGCGCGUUUAAUGUCGCGUAAGUUAUUCGAUAUUUGCCGGGUAAUGUCGCGUAACUCGUUCGAUAUUGCGACAGUGAUAUUUCUAACGUCUUUUACGCGACGACCCUCGCUCGCCGAUGAUAAACACUCGUCCGACCACUCUUUGCUAACCGACGAUGGACGACGACCUUCGAUCAUUGUUGAUGCCGGACUUCUGAUAAUGGUUACUGAGACACGGCAGCUUCACACUCCGGACUCAAGCCUAUACGAGCGUUUAAGGCCACGGCGCACCUCAAAAAAAAGAAAAAACUUAAGCAGUGAAACUUGGGCAGUCGAGAAUGGAAACCCAGCCGAUUCUGCGUGGAGUAACUUCGUAGCAGUACACGUACCAUCGACAUGUACCAACGCGCAGAUGCAGGCAGGCGCGAACCACCCCUGCACACCACUGGAACAAGUCGCGCCCUGAACAGGCAGCGCGAGCGUCAUGGCGACGACUUGGAAUAUCGAUCGUGGACCAGUGGGAUGCUGGCCG